CAGCCCGCAACCCAGCCCCUUAUUUGUGACCAGCAACAUUUCAAAGCAGCUUUUCCUUUAAAAAUUAGAAUCGUUUCAGGCUGCGGAAAAAGGACCCAGGAAACAAGCGACUCUUGGGCAGAAACACAUUGGAAUAUGCAAGAUGGCUAAACAGAUAGUGAAAUAUUGAGGUGAGAACCGUGAGUACGGGGGUGGGGCUCUAGUUACUGAGCCAGAGCAAGCUGCUCCUGUUGCUAUCUGGCCAGUGCCUCUCUCCUGAGCUGAUCACACCCUCACCCACCCACCCACAGACAGACAGACAGCAAAGAGUAUCAGGUAGUUACCUUUCCUUUCAUCGAGUCUCCCCCUUGUGAGUUGUGGGUGUCGAUCAUCAGACAGCUCAACAUGGACAACAAGAAAAUGGACAGAAUUUCCCAAACAACCUCUCGGAUCCCAAGACCCAAACUCUACGUGAAUUCGAUGCCAUCGACCGUGCGCAGUUACACACGUCCCAGAUAUACCCACAGGAGAGACCUGAGUCCAUCCAUUAUGAGUGGGAAUCAGGGGCAGAGGUUCCCGGAGCAGCCGUUUUCCGACUCUUCCAGCUGUCAGGAUUCCCUGGACAACCAGUCACUGGAAGAUUUCUGGUCGGAGGUGAAGCACAUCAAGGAGAGCCGUGGGAGUGAGGCUGACGAGAGCAGUGAUGUCAAAACCCCCGAUGAUGGAGAUCUGGAGGUGGAUUGGCUUCGCGACACAGGCUUGUCCACUCUUAUCAACGACAAUAGCCACGAUGAUGCCAGCCUGGUCCUGCUCUCCACCCUGACCCGUACACAGUCGGCUGCAGUGCAGCGCAGAGUGGCCAACUACACCUUGUCCUUGCGGGUCAAGAACAAGCAGCCGGUACGUGACGUCAGGGACAUCUUUGCUGGCCCAAAGUUCUCGAGCCGGGACACAGAACCACGCGACCAGCAUGGCUCCAUUAUUGACUCGUUGCAACAGAAACAGCAUCUUCUCCCAGGGGAAGAGAAAGGGGAAGCUUGCUCUGAUGAUCACGAGAUUCCAUCGCCAACACAGUGUAAUCUUUCCAAAGAAGAGAUUGUGCUAUUUCAUGUUUCUUAUUCUGAACAAGCACAAAUUUUCCGAGACGAUCGCUGGCGAAAGAAAAUGUCACGAAAGCAAAACAACGACGUGGAUUUGCCCCAAUACAGAAUACACAGGAACAAACUGGGAACGACCAGAAUGGAGGAUCUGUCAGAGCUGGACAUGAAGAAGGUUCGCACUCUGGCGCUGAUCGAGCUCACCGCCCUCUUCGAUGUCUUGGACAUGGAGGUGAAGCGGCAGAAAACCACAAAGGUGAAAGUGCAGGAAAAUAAACUAUUUGGUGUGUCUCUUGCCCAGCUGAUUGAGAAUGAUCAGAAGAUUGCCCCCUGUACCAAAGUUCCUCUCUUUCUCAAAAAGUUGCUGUGCUGUUUGGAAGAUAACGGUUUGGAAACGGAAGGAAUUCUUCGCAUUUCAGGGUCUCUUGCAAGAAUAAAGAGCUUGCAACAAGAGCUUGAAUCAAAUUUUUACCAAAAUAAUUUUGACUGGAAGAAAGUUCAGCAAAAUGACGGAGCGGGCUUAUUGAAGAUGUUUAUUCGUGAAAUGCCCUAUCCCUUGUUGACCACAGAGUAUGUGGCAGCCUUUGCAACAGUCAGGAAUUUCACCGACCAGAUACAGAUGAUCCAUGCUCUGAAUCUCCUGGUGGUGAUUCUGCCCGAUGUAUACCAGGCCACGUUAAAGUUGCUGCUGGAGUUCCUGCGCAAAGUGAUUGAGAAGGAGCAGAAAAACAAGAUGAAUCUCUGGAAUGUUUCCACCAUCAUCGCCCCCAACCUCUUCAUGCACAAAGGAAUCGCCAACAAGAUGCCGGAGGGGAACGAGAAGCAGCAGGCGGAGCAAGCCGCCAACGUUGUCCGCAUGCUGAUCCACUACCAGGAUCUGCUCUGGACGGUUCCGUGCUUCCUUGUGGCGCAGGUGAGGAAGCUGAAUGAACAGAGCAGGAAGCACGAUAAACGCAUCAAGAACCUGCUGAAGAAGAUUCACGUGGACAAGCACGAAAGACAAGUUUCAGAGCACCAGUGUAACAAAGGAAUAAAAAUCCAAGCUCCACGUCUACUGAAGGGAAACAUGGAUAUCCAAUUGGAUCCCGAUACCACAACUCGGGAUCUUGUCCAGCAGUUUCGGAAGAAAUUGGACUGCAGUAACUGGACUGUUGAAAACACUGCACUUACAAACCGAAGUAACGACUCGACAGACAGCUCGGAGUUCUGCUUGUAUGAAGUGGGUGGCAAUAUCGGUGAACGGUGCCUUGAUCCAGACACACGUAUGUGGGACCUGUUCAAGGUCAACCCUCAAGCGGAGUGGGUCAUAAGACCAUGCGCUACAUUGUCAAACAAAAGCUAACUUCCUCUAAACCUUCACCAUCGACGUCCACAGCUAAAUAAAUAAAUAACAUCAGCACUAUGGAUUGUAGUUUGUGACCAUAGUAAGGGUGAAGGGUGCACGAUAUCUCUAUCAAGGCAAUCCAAGAAGCAAUGAAUCCAGCAGAGUACAUUAGCACUUUCAUGAGCAAAGGGGAUUUACCACUGAUUGAAGAUAAAAUAGACCAGCUGUUUUAUUUGAGAGCUCUUGGCAUGUGAAGGUGAGAACUCGAAUCUUAUACGUGACAUAUUUAAUCGUGACUGUUUAUUGCGUGAAGUUGGUUUAAAACGCUGCCAAAUAUCACCAGGAACAUUUAACAUUCUGGACGAGAAAAACAAGGCUCCUCUCGCGAACAUUUAUAUAUUUUUUCUCUUGGAAUUUAGUUUUUAAAAUUUAUUUCGCAAAACUUUGGGAAGAUGUUUGGAGGAAAGACGAAGGUGAAGAAAAUGGAAGAGAAAGGAAAUGUUCAGCUUGAGCCGAAAUAUUCUGCCCAUCGGUAUUUAUUGCAGGGGGGGGGG